AUGACUGGAUUCAUAAAGUAUCUGGAAGAUAACUGUAACUACAGCUCAAAUCCAUUCCUCGUCAACGCAGUCGACGCGAGUUUGAACAAAAGUUCCGCUCGGAGCUCACGGAGCUCCCGGAGAGAUCCGGAGCACGCCCGACUGCUUUACAAGGAGGACACACAUUCGGGGCCAGCGCACAACUUUGACCACGUGGCCUCGGCGUUAGCAAAGUACGACUUGGCUGCGGUGUCAAAGGACUUGAAACCGCUUUUGAACGCGGACGACGGGCGACUGAGACAGCAGUCGCUGCGGGAGCGCCUCAGGCGAGGCGAGCUUUUUUUGACCACGGACGGCCUCCCGAGUGGGCCCAACGCUUUCGAGGCCUCCUCUCCGAAGAGGAGAGAUGUGUUUGAGCGUCUGACUGACCACCGGUUUUACACCGGCAUCCACAGGGAGCGUUUCGACGAGAACGGGAGGGGUCGUGGCAUGGCUGGCCGCGAGAACCUUUAUCUGUUCGACGGGAGCACCGAGUCCUUCAGCCGCGUCCACGAGGUGUACUCGUCGGCGCUGCCCAGGGCCAGGCCUCCGGUGUCCUCGAGGGUGCCUGUGCGCAAGUUCGGGCUUCAGGUGUCCGCCCCCAAGCUAAUGUGGCUCUAUCGCAACGGGGACAAACACCACGACGGGCUCCCGUUUUACCUGCGGCCGUUUAUAAAAUCGAUGCAGGUGCUGCACGUUGAGAUCGGAAAGGUGAGUGUAAUCCACCAAUUUACUCAGCAACAUUACUACUUGUUCAUUAUUAUUGUCUUUUGUUCACUAUCACUACUACUUGUUUACUGA